AUGAAGUGUGAGGAAAUUCGGUCGGGAUGGUUUUCAAAAACAUUUUGGGGAGGUGUUUUUGGUAUAGUGGCUCUUGACAAAUAUGCGAGAUGGUCUUAUGGAAUUCCGGACUACCGCAACUAUAACCUCACGUGCUGGCCUUAUGCCCUUGAGCGGGCAAACCUACGUCGGCAUGGAAUCGACCCUGACACGGUUGAUCUGACUGCCAGCGACCAACAGUAG